AUGCUGAAAGUACUUAAGGAACUGCGAGGUAAACGGGCAUUCCACCCAAUAUCGGAGGAGGGCGAACGGGAGACGGAACAGCGCAAGGAAGAAGAGCAGGCCAAGCCGAAGUCGACUGAGCCAAGCGAUGAUGAAUGUUCCGAGAUUGAGUACAUCCCUCCGUCAAAACAGCAUCAACAACAAACCAAGUUUAUCAUUCUGCACUACUCGCCUUUUAAGGCCGUUUGGGAUUGGAUAAUUCUGUUUCUCGUCCUCUACACAGCCGUCCUUACUCCCUAUGUUGUCUGCUUCCUACUAAAUCAGGAUGAGACUCGGAUGAAGUUGAACCGUGACGCUGCCAGCCGGCUCCAAAACGCCGAGACGAGCAAAGCUGACCCUCUCGUGCUGAUUGAUCUAAUUGUAGAUUUGAUGUUUAUAGCUGAUAUUUUGAUCAACUUCCGGACGACGUACUUACACGACGGUGAAGUUGUGGUGGAUCCGCAGAAAAUCGCCAUAAACUACGUGAAAGGAUGGUUUGUGAUAGACACCAUAGCUGCCAUUCCAUUCGAUCUCUUAUUAUUUGGCUCCGGCAACUCUGACACAAUGACGAUAACGGGCGUUCUAAAACUGGCUCGUUUACUCCGGUUACUGCGAGUACUGCGGCGUAUAGAACAGUUUGCGGAGUACGGAGCGGCGGUACUCAUGUUACUCAUGGUGACCUUUUCUCUCAUCGCUCAUUGGCUAGCAUGUGUGUUUUACGCCAUAGCCUAUGUAGAGCGACCACACCUUAAGGCCCGGAUAAGCUGGCUUGACCAUUUGGCGACUCAGUGCAAUAAACCCUACCUUCCCAAUGAUACCAUGAGUGGGCCGAGCAUCCGGUCAAAGUAUAUAACGUCACUGUACUUCACAUUUACAAGUCUGACCAGCAUAGGAUUCGGGAAUGUGGCGCCAAAUACAAACGCUGAGAAAUUGUUUUCGAUUUUCGCCAUGUUGCUGGGAUCUCUACUGAGUGCCGCCAUAUUUGGAAACGUCUCUUCGAUCAUGUUACGUCUGUACCAAGGUUCGGAUGAAUACCAAGAAAAAGUUGAAAGCAUUAAAGAAUUUAUCAACUUUCACCAGUUACCAAAAAACAUGGCUGGUCGACUCCAGGAAUCCUUCCAACACACAUGGGCCUACACUAACGGUAUUGACAUGAGUAAUGUUUUGAAAAAUUUCCCCGACUGUCUACAAUCAGACAUCUGUCUUCACCUCAAUAGAAAUCUUCUCAACAACUGUCCGGCGUUCAAGGGAGCUAAUCCAGGCUGUCUUCGUGCCUUAUCUAUGAAGUUUAAAACUACGCAUGCGCCACCCGGGGACACACUCAUACAUCCGGGUGAUAUUUUGACGGCUAUCUACUUUAUAGCACGUGGAUCCAUAGAGAUUUUAAAAGAAAACACGGUCAUGGCAAUAUUAGGUAAGGACGAUAUAUUUGGAGCUGACAUGAAGGACACAGCUACCCCUGGCAAGUCACUGUAUUUCGUACGAGCUCUGUCAUACUGUGAUAUCAACAAAAUUGAGAUGGAGGAUUUAAAGGUGGUUCUACAGACAUACACAGACUUCACAAAAGAGUUUAUGGAAAAGUUUCAAGUCACGUUCGACCUGAAAAAGGGCACAUUACUCCAAUGUAAGAGCAAGCCAAAGAUGGAAGACGAGACGUUGAGAUUCAUCCGCCAAAAACGGCCAAGGUUACAGUGUAAGCGUCGCCGGAUGGACGGACAUGGGCGAUCUAGUUUCCAAAGGAGGCAUGGUGAUAGAAAAAUUGGAACUUUAGCGGAAAACUCAGGAAGUGACGACGAAAGGCCCGGAAUUGUUGAGAUGUCGGCAGAAGGUGCUAUUGAUGACGAUGUCGAUGCAACUGAACAUGAAGUUACAAGGAAAAACUCCAUGGGGUCAAUUGCAGUGAUGACGAAUUUCUUCAACGCGGUAGCAUCCAAAGCUAGAAAGGAAAAAGGAAAACGAUCCAUACUGCAACGACCACACGGUUACGCUCCAAAAUAUGACGUCACAUCGAACGGGCUAGCGUCACAGCACCAAGGCUUAUCACCAAUUGAGUCUAGUGUGACGUCAUAUACUCCAAAGUCGCUGUCUAGUUCAGGACCACAAUGGAGAUUUUCUAACAUCGAUUUUGAGAUCCAGCAACAUCCUGAAAAGGGCAACUUACAAAGCCUGAAUGACAUCGACAACCGACUUGAGGGUCUGCACGAACGAAUGAACAAUUUUGAAAACGAACUAUUUAAUACUGUUGACGCCAUCUUAGAUAUACUGGGUCACAAGCCAACUUGUACAAGGGACACUGUGGACCAAUCCACGUCCAGUUCUACUCAGAUAAAAACAAUAGACCGCCCUCCACGUCCUAAGGGUGCAAGGCUGAUAAAGAAUGCCACGGAACUACAAAGAGUGAUCGAAAAUAUGUGA